AUGAAUGGAAUGCGCGUGAACUCGGCGCAGACUCAUUUUCCAUUCCUUCUGCCAGCAAAAUUACUUCUGGGUAUUUUGGCAAUUUGCCCAAUUUUCGAAGCGAGUCAGCACUCCCGCGGUUACGCUACGGAAAUCUUCUUGUUUCAAGACGAGGAGUCCUUCUUCGCUGAUCCUCCCGCUUCUCUUCGGAAGGACCUAAACUCGACCCUAGCGUAUCUAAGAGUCGACGAUGUGUGCCUUGGUGGCUACGAGGGAAUGAGUUCGCAAAGUGCUUACUGCGCUUACAAUGCUGGUCACACCGCUUGCCUUUACAAUAAGAUAGAUGGGACAGCCUGCGGGACAGUUUAUGCCCGUAAAGUCACUGCAGCUGAACAAACGGAGAUUCUUGACGCGCACAACGCUAAACGGCGGAGGGUUGCGAAAGGAGAUGAGACCAUCGGCAGUCAACCGGGGGCGCAGAAUAUGAGAAAAUUGACAUGGGACAGUGAAGCAGCCUCAAUCGCACAACUAAUGGUGGAUCAAUGCAAAUACGAGCACGACAGGGUCAGAAAUACGAUAAAAGGAAGUGUGAUAUACAAUGGACAAAAUUUGUUCGCUUCGUGGGGCUCAUCGCUUUCAACGACAUCCAGCUGGACAGCAGCUGUUGACGCAUGGUACAGCGAAGUAAAAGACUGGAGUUCCGCCAACAUUAAUCCUUAUAAAUUCGCAAGUGCAACCGGGCAUUAUACGCAAGUAGUCUGGGCCACUACUGAGCGGGUCGGUUGUGGAGCUAUCGUGUACCAGGCUCCAGGCUCAUCGAGUUACACCAAGUUGUACGCUUGCAACUACGCUCCUGCCGGAAAUUGGGAAGGAAGUGCGAUGUACAUUCAAGGAACUGCUUGUAAUCAAUGUCCAGCGACAACUACCUGUGUGAUGGAUUCGUUGUGUGGCUAAUAUAGUUAAGCUCGUGGACUAACAAUUGUUUAUUGCUGUCGCUUAAAUUAAACAACAACACAUUAUGCUUGAAUUAUUGAUUAUCGAGCUGCAGAAAGAAAACGAAAUAAAGAGGAGUUAUUCCGAACUGGAA